GUCCGCGCUGUGGGCGUCGUCGCGAUCCCGAACCAUGGCGCUCGCCGUCCGAGUCGUUUAUUGUGGCGCUUGAGGCUACAAGCCCAAGUAUCUUGCCCUCAAGAAGAAGCUGGAAGAUGAGUUCCCCGGACGCCUGGACAUCUGUGGCGAGGGGACCCCCCAGGUCACCGGCUUCUUUGAAGUGAUGGUGGCAGGGAAGUUGGUUCACUCCAAGAAGGGAGGCGAUGGCUACGUGGACACGGAGGUCAAGUUCCUGAAGCUGGUGGCCGCCAUCAAGGCUGCCUUGGCUCAGGGCUGACGUGCCCGGAAGGCAGAGUCCAGCGGCCUUGGCCCGGCCCCCUCGGCACCUGCUUCAUGACAGGAAGGGCUGAAAUGUCCCCAGGACGCCUGGUCCUUCCCUGAGGUUCUCGCGGACACCGAGCGGGGCAGAGAUUGACGCCCCUGGGCUUUGCCUGUGUGUGUGUGUGAGUGUGUGCGCCUGUCCCCGGGAGUCUGGCUUUGCACACUGGUCCUGCUCCUUCCUCUCCCCGACCCUUCCCCGUCCCCUGCCUCCCCCGGGUGUCCCUGUCCUCCGUCUGGUGUGUGGGAUGGUCCCGCUCCAGGCCCCCUUCUCAAGGGGGAGCUGAGAGAGGGACCCGGAUGAGUGGGUCUCAGAAUUCAGAACGUUUGCAACGGUUUGUGAUUCAGUAAACAUCAGGUGACUUGAACAAAA